CUAUAAAUACUACUUCAUCAUAUCUCUCAUUUCUCACACUUAAUUCCCAUUCUCUCAAUCAUGGCUUUCUCUAAGCUUCUAGCUGCUUCCCUUCUUGCAUCACUUCUCUUUCUCCAUUUUGUUGAUGCUGCACAUCAAUCUGAACAUACACAAACACAAGGUUCUCUUCUUCAGCAAAUAGAUUGCAAUGGAUCAUGUGUAGCAAGGUGCCGUUUAUCAUCUCGACCAAGAUUGUGUCAAAGAGCAUGUGGAACAUGUUGUAGAAGAUGUAACUGCGUGCCACCUGGCACUGCUGGAAACCAAGAAAAGUGUCCCUGUUAUGCCAGCUUGACUACUCGUGGUGGCAAACGCAAGUGCCCAUAGAAAAACAAAAACUACCUUAAUUGGAAUUUGGACUCACAAUCUUUUAUCAUAAUAUAUCCAAAAUAAUUACCAUGCAUUAAUAAUAAAAAAUAUAAGUAUUGCUGAGUCAAAUACGGUCUAAACCACAUGGAAAAUAAAAUCUGUAGUUGUUUUCAAUACCUGUUGAAUUAUCGAGUGUUAAAUAAUCUUGUUCGUUAUCGUUUUCAAUUUCUGUCUAUUGUAUUCACUUCUUUUGUACUACUACCUAAUCAUUAAAUGAGAAUUUCUUGUUGAAUAUUGUAAUUUAAAAUAA